AUGGCAGAUGAUAGGAAAAGGGGCCCUGUCCGUGACUCAGGCGCUACGAUAACACGAAAGAUAGUGCCUGGCCGCUUGAGACGCGAGGAAAGAAAGCUUAUCCUUGACAAACUUAUUAAAGAGAAUGGGAGACAGAACAGCAGACUUCGCAGAAAGAUACGGGAGCGGCUGGAUAGGGCCGGUGUCCAGCGGCCAGAGGUGGAAGUGCGGUUUGAGAAUUUGUCUGUGUCAGUCGAAGUGCUCCUUGGACAGCAGGCGCGACAGACACUUCUGAACUACUACAGCAAUGGCAUCACGGCUGGUCUGUCGAGGUGUGGACUCCGGCGAGACCGGAGGCAGCACCUGCAGAUCCUGGACCGGGUGAGCGGUGUGCUGCGGCCUGGCCGCAUGACCCUUCUCUUGGGCCCGCCCGCCUCUGGCAAGUCUACCCUGCUGCAGGCCCUGGCAGGGCGCCUGCCCUCAGGUGGCAAUCUGGAGGUGCAGGUGUCUGGGAACGUGACCUACAGCGGCCGCAAGCUCAGCGAGUUUGUGGUGCACCGCACCGCCGCCUACUUGGAGCAGCAGGACAUCCACAUCCCCCACCUGACUGUCCGGGAGACUCUGAACUUUUCCGCUCGCUGCCAGGGCGUGGGCAACCAAACUGCUGAGAUGGCGGAGCUGCGCAAGAGGGAGAAGAGGGCGGGGGUGGAGGUGGAGUGGGCGGUGGAUACAUUCAUGAAGGCGUGCGCGCUGGCGGGCAAGCGCGAGAGCCUGGUUACGGACUAUGUGCUGCGCCUGCUGGACCUGGAGAUCUGCCAGGACACGCUGGUGGGCAACGACUGGUUCAGGGGCGUCAGCGGCGGCCAGCGCAAGCGCGUCUCGGCAGGGGAGAUUCUGGUGGGGCCGAAGCAGGUGUAUCUGCUGGACGAGCCCACCACAGGCCUGGACUCCUCCACCGCGCAGCAAGUGGUCCGCACCAUUGGGGACUUUGCCCACAUGGAUGGGGCAACGGUCAUGAUGGCGCUGCUGCAGCCCUCACCGGAGAUCUUCCGACUGUUUGAUGACGUGAUGCUGCUGAGCGACGGCAUAUGCAUCUAUUACGGCCCAUGCACCAAGGUGCUGCCCUUCUUUGAGGGCAUGGGCUUCCAGUGCCCGCCGCGCAUGGCCAUUCCCGGCUUCCUCCAAAACAUCACCUCCAGCAAAGACCAGCAGCAAUACUGGGCCAAAGACCCCACACUGUACCGGGUAGUGUCAGUGCGGAAGUUUGCGGACGCAUAUGCUCGGUCAGACGCCGGAGUGGCCCAGACAGAGGCAUUGCUGAAGCCAUUCAAUUGCACGGAGGAGUCAGACAAGGCGCUUGCCUGGACCAAAUUCGCCCUCACAGGGUGGCAGGCGUUCAAGGCGUGCCUGCGGCGGGAGUGUAUCCUGACGGACAGGUACCAGUUCCUAUACAAAUUCAGGACGUGCCAGGUACUCAUCAUGGCCACCAUCACCGGCACAGUCUUCCUGAAGACCCGCCAGGCGCCCACCUCCCUGCUCAACGGCCAGAACUACAUGUCCGUCUGCUUCUACUCGGUCAUGGUCCUCUUCUUCAAUGGCCAGACUGAGCUCACCAUCGCGGUGGACAGGCUGCCAGCAUUUUACAAGCAACGCUUGGAGGGGCUGCACCCUGCGUGGGCCUACACCCUACCCAUCACUUUCCUGCGCAUCUUCUACUCCCUGACGGAGGCCGGCAUCUGGUCUGUGCUCGUGUACUGGCUGGUCGGCUUUGCCCCGGACGCCGGCAGGUUCUUGGUGUUCUUCGCAAUCCUGUUCCUGGUACACCAGAACGCAGUGGCCAUGUUCCGGGUCUUUGCUGCGCUGACGCGUGACAUGGUGGUUGCCACGUCUGUGGGCUCCCUCUUCCUGGUCAUAUACCUCAUGCUGUCCGGCUACAUCCUUGCCAAACCUGACAUGCCCAACUGGUGGGUGUGGGCAUAUUGGCUGGAUCCCUUCUCGUACGCCAUCCAAGGCCUCAUUGCAAAUGAGUUCUCGGCGCCCCGGUGGAAUGUGAGGGGCUUCAGGGGAGAGCGGUGGUGGAGCUGGGUGGCAAUUGGGGUCCUGACUGGGUCUAUCAUCCUAUUCAAUGGCUUCACAAUACUGUUCCACCAGAUCAUGCCACCCUUUCAGAAGCCGGUGGCAGUCAUGUCAGAGGACAGCCUGGAGGAGCGUAUAGCAGCGCAGAGGGGCACCCAGCAGCAGCCAAAGACCAGCAGCAGCAGCACAUCGCGCAGCGUGACCGCCUCAGAGCGCGCAUACUCCGUCGCGGCAGUGCAGCCGCGCAUCAAGCACGGCAUGGUGCUGCCAUUCUGCCCUGUCACCCUCACCUUCCGCAACAUCCACUACUUUGUGGACCUCCCUGCGGGCCUGCGAGCAAGCCUGCCCUGCUGGGGCUCCAGGAGGCGGGAGCUGGAAAUCCUCAAGGGCAUCUCUGGCAUCUUUCGGCCGGGGGUCCUGACAGCACUGGUGGGAGUCAGUGGCGCUGGCAAAACCACUCUGCUCGACAUCCUGGCCGGCCGAAAAACAACGGGGAGGAUCACAGGGGAGGUGCGGGUCAAUGGGCACCCAUGGGAGAGCACCACGUAUGCGCGCCUGUCCGGCUACGUGGAGCAAACCGACAUCCACUCUGCCAAGGCCACAGUGCACGAGGCGCUGAUGUUCAGCGCAGCCCUGCGCAUGGCUGCCAACAUCCCCCGCAAAGUGCGCGUCGCUUUUGUGGAAGAGAUGAUGGAGCUGGUGGAGCUGACUGGGCUCAGGGAUUUACUUGUGGGUGUUCCUGGGGGCACUGGUCUGAGCGUGGAGCAGCGCAAGCGCCUGUCCAUUGCCGUGGAGCUCAUACCAAAUCCCUCGGUCGUCCUCAUGGACGAGCCCACCACUGGUCUGGAUGCCAGGGCGGCUGCCAUCGUGAUGCGAGUGGUCAGGAACAUAGUGGACACAGGCCGAACCAUCACAUGCACAGUGCACCAGCCCAGCAUUGAGAUCUUUGAGGCGUUUGACGAGCUGCUGCUCUUGAAGCGCGGCGGCCAGACCAUUUACUGCGGGCCCCUUGGAGCACAGUCAUCAGACUUGGUGGCGCAUUUCCAGGACGAGGGUGGCGUUGGGCGGCUGGAGCUGGCUGCCAUCAACCCGGCGACCUGGGUGCUGGACAUCAGCACGCCUGCUUGUGAAGACCGUAUCGGCGUGGACUUUGCUGACAUUUUUGCCAAGUCGGAGCUGGCCAGGGCGGUACAGAAGCGGAUAGCGGAGGGUGCGCGGCCGAGCGUGCUGCCGUUGACGUUCUUGCGGCGGUAUGCGCAGCCGCUGGGGUCGCAGCUGGGGCAGCUGCUGGUGCGGAACGCGCGCUGCUACUGGCGCACGCCGGAUUACAACGCCACACGCAUGGCCAUCAGCUUCGGCGUUGCGCUCAUCUUUGGCUCCAUGUACUGGAUGCGCGCCACGCGCAGGCUGCUGCCCAAGGACAUUCUGAACAUCCAGGGCGCGCUAUAUUUCUGCACAUUCUUCAUGGGCAUUGUGAACAGCCUCAUAGUGCAGCCCGUGGCUGCAGCAGAGCGCACAGUGUUCUACCGUGAGCGCGCAGCCGGCAUGUACUCUGUCGCCGCCUAUUCCCUCGCCAUGGGGCUUGUGGAGGUCAUGUACAAUAUGUUUCAGGCCAUACUGUACAGCUCAAUUGUGUACUUCAUGGUGGGCUUCAGCAGCUCUGCUGGAAGCUUCUUCUGGUUUGCUUUCUUCAUGUUUGCCACGCUGCAGUAUUGCACCAUGUAUGGGAUCAUGGCGGUGGCUGUCACUCCAAACCUCAUGAUGGCUGCGGUGCUCUCGUCUGCGUUCUUUGCAAUGUGGAACCUCUUCGCUGGCUUCAUCAUUCCAAAGCCGCGCAUCCCAGACUAUUGGUCUUGGUAUUACUACUUGAACCCAUUCGCAUGGAGCAUCUAUGGGCUGGUGGCCUCGCAAUUGGGAGAUGACUUCACCAACUCUGUCAACACCUACGGCUUUGACCCAGACGAUGGGCCAUUCGGCCAGGACCUUUAUGUAGCGCAGUUUGUUUACAGGUACUACGGUUACGAUGCAACAUUUCUGGUGUACUUGGUCCCCAUCGUGCUGGGCUUCACAAUAGCAUUCUGGGGCAUUGCAACUGCAGGGCUCAAGUAUCUCGUGUACAUCAGUAGAUGA